AUAUAUUUUGUGCUUGUAUACUAUAGAACAAUAAUGAAUCCUCAAGAGAUGACAAAAGAAAGAAAAAAGUUAUCACACCAAUGUGAUAUCUGUAAAAAUACUUUUUCUAAUAAGGGAAAUCUCACUGUUCACAAAUUCAUUCAUGCAGGUAGGAAGCCAUAUCACUGUUAUGUCUGUGGUAAAUCAUUCUCUCAAAAAAGUCACCUUACUCACCACAAAUACGUUCAUACAGGAGAGAAAGCACAUCACUGUGAUAUCUGUGGAAAAUCAUUCUCCCCAAAAAGUAGCCUUACUCGUCACAAAUACACUCAUACAGGAGAGAAACAAUAUCAGUGUGAUAUUUGUGGUAAAUCAUUCUCUGAUAAAAGUAACCUUACUAGACACAAAUCCACUCAUACAGGAGAGAAACCUUAUCACUGUGAUAUCUGUGGUAAAUCAUUCUCUCAGAAAAUUCACCUUAUUAGACACAAAUCCACUCAUACAGGAGAGAAACCUUAUCAGUGUGAUAUUUGUGGUAAAUCAUUCUCUCAAAAAAGUCACCUUACUUCUCACAAAUCCAUUCAUACAGGAGAGAACCCACAUGACUGUGAUAUUUGUGGUAAAUCAUUCUCAGAAGAUAGGCCUUACUAA